AUGGUGGAUGAGCUGGUCCUGCUGCUGCACGCACUUCUGAUGCGGCACCGCGCCCUUAGCAUCGAGAACAGCCAGCUCAUGGAACAGCUUCGGCUGCUGGUGUGCGAGAGGGCCACCCUGCUGCGCCAGGUACGUCCGCCGAGCUGCCCUGUGCCCUUCCCCGAAACGUUUGACGGCGAGAGCUCCCGGCUCCCCGAGUUUAUCGUGCAGACGGCGUCUUACAUGCUCGUCAACGAGAACCGAUUCUGCAACGACGCCAUGAAGGUGGCAUUCCUGAUCAGCCUGCUCACCGGGGAAGCCGAGGAGUGGGUGGUGCCCUACAUUGAGAUGGAUAGCCCCAUCCUGGGCGAUUACCGGGCCUUCCUCGAUGAGAUGAAACAGUGUUUUGGCUGGGAUGACGACGAAGACGAAGACGAAGAUGAAGAAGAUGAUUAUUAG